UUUUUAUUAUUAACUGAUUAGAUAACAACUAUCCAAACAACGCCGAAUUAUUCUUUGAAUUGAAAUUCCUGAGUUAUAAAUAUUGCUAAAACAGUUUAAAUAUUUUAAAAUAAAAACAGUUCUUUCAAACUACGUACUCAUUAGUUGUUAUUGAAUUCAACCUCAAAAAGACAUAAAAUAAUGUGUUAUUUCAUUGGAAUAUGAUAUUUUUUCUUUCAAAUGAAUAAUAAUCAAUCUGAUAAUUUGAAUUGCUGUGAAUACAUUAAUAUGAAUGAUGAGAAGUCCACUAUAAUAUCAGAUAUUUGUAACUGUCCACCAUGUGGAAAUUGCUGUUUAUUAAGUUGCCCACCAUCUAGAAGCAUUGAUAUCAAUACAAUGAUAGCUAACAUUCAAGAUCAUUUACGCGUACCAUGGCGUGGUGGAGCGAGACGUAUUUCUUUGGAUGCUGCUAUUCCUUUAAUAUUUUUUCCACUAACUUUAUACAUAGCUGCUCUAGGAUUUUGGCAAACAGUUAUUCUUUUUCCUUUAGUUACCUUAAUCUUAUACUUUGUUCAUAUUUCAAUUAAAAAAUAUAAAUGUCCUACGAAGUUUUUUUAUGUUUGGACUUUAGUAUCGGCAUUUUUAGUGUUUAUAAUAUUUCAACUAUUGGUUGUACCAAUGUUAGAUAUUAAUACUAAUGAAAAUAUUAUUAUAUUAGUUAUAAUGGCAGCAACUGCUUGGUGUUUUUAUACUUCAAAAAAAUAUGCCAUAAAUUCUCACAUAAAGCAAGACUUUGAAAUGACAACUUCUCAUGAUACAAGCGAAAAUGCCAUUUUAUUAAAUGAGACAAAUGAUACUUCUUGUGAAAUUUGUAGACAAAUUGUACCUUCUAGGACAUAUCACUGUUUUAUAUGUAAAACUUGUAUAAGAUAUCAACAUGUACAUUCUUAUUGGAUUGACUGUUGUAUUGGUAAAUAUAAUAGGAAACCAUAUAUUGCAGGACUAAUUUUAGGUACUAUCAUGCUAGCAUUUUUAUCCAACCUCAUUCUUACAACAUUAUGUCACCCUUUUAAUGUUUUUGCAACGAUUAUGUUACCGGAUGAUUGUAGUGAUGUAUAUUUUGAUAUUAUGUAUGGUAUAUGCUUUGUAACUGGAUUGUAUUGUUCUGCAGUUGCUGGUAUUUUAUUUUGUAUGAUUAUUUAUGAGAUAUUUAUUAUAUCAAUGGGAAUUACCAAUUAUGAAUAUCAGGCAUGUAUUAAAAGAACUAAUAAUCAGUUCUUUUGGUCCAGACAUAUUUUAAGUAACUUAUUGUCAAAUUGGAAAGAUUUUUUUAGUAAUUUUUGAUUUUUUUAUCUUCAAUACACCAUUGUUACAAAUUUUGCAAUAUUGAGUUAAAUAAUAUUAUGUUAAACUCAUAAAGUUUUUAUGAAAUCAAUUAUGUAACUAAAACAAUUGUACUACUAAAUAACAUUAAAGUACUAAAAAUAGCAAAAAACUAUUGUAAUUUCAGUAUUAAAA